CCAUAUUUAAUACAUCGCAGUUUGUGAUGAUAGCUAGCAAGUUAACUGACUAUUUGCAAUCAUAUAACUUUUGAUUUUGAUCUCAAAGCAAGCCAUCAAAAUACAUCGAAAUGAACGUCAUAGAUCAUGUACGGGAUAUGGCCGCUGCGGGACUACACUCAAACGUUCGGAUAAUGAGUAGCUUACUGCUGACAAUGAGCAAUAACAAUCCAGAGCUGUUCUCACCAUCCCAGAAGUACCAGUUGCUGGUUUACCAUGCAGAUGCAAUCUUCCAUGACAAGGAGUACCGUAAUGCUGCUUGCAAGUACAACAUGGCACUGCAGCAGAAGAAAGUGCUCAGCAAAACUUCCAAAGUGCGCCCAUCUACCGGGGGAACUGCAUCCUCCAUGCAGUCACAGAGUUUGCCCUCAGAGAUUGAGGUAAAGUAUAAGAUUGCAGAGUGCUACACCAUCCUAAAGCUGGAUAAGGAUGCCAUUGCAGUGCUUGAUGGGAUUCCAUCUAGACAGAGAACCCCAAAGAUCAACAUGAUGCUGGCAAAUCUGUACAGGAAGGCUGGGCAGGAACGCUCUGCUGUCACAAGCUACAAAGAGGUCCUGAGACAGUGUCCUCUGGCACUGGAUGCCAUCAUUGGUCUCCUGUCUCUGUCAGUGAAGGGAGCUGAGGUGGCGUCCAUGACUAUGGAUGUGAUCCAGAGUAUUCCCAACCUGGACUGGCUCUCUGCAUGGAUCAAAGCCUAUGCCUUCAUACAUGCAGGGGACAACCACAGAGCAAUCAACACCAUCUGCUCUCUGGAGAAGAAGUCUUUACUGCGGGACAAUGUGGACCUGCUGGUGAGCCUGGCAGAUGUCUACUUCAGGGCAGGCGACACAAAGAACUCCAUCCUGAAGUUUGAGCAGGCCCAAAUGCUGGACCCUUAUCUGAUCAAAGGCAUGGAUGUAUAUGGCUACCUUAUGGCACGUGAGGGGCACCUGGAGGAUGUUGAGGUCCUGGGAGGAAGACUUUUCAACAUCUCAGAUCAGCAUGCAGAGCCCUGGGUCAUAUCUGGAUGUCACAGCUUCUACAGUAAGCGUUACUCCCGGGCCCUCUACCUGGGUGCAAAGGCCAUCCAGCUGAACAGCAACAGUGUGCAGGCCCUCCUCCUGAAGGGGGCAGCACUGAGGAACAUGGGCCGAGUGCAGGAGGCCAUCAUCCACUUCAGAGAGGCCAUGCGCUUGGCGCCAUGCCGUCUGGACUGCUACGAAGGUCUGAUUGACUGUUACCUGGCAUCCAAUGGAAUCCGAGAGGCGAUGGGGAUGGCCAAUAACAUCUAUAAGACCCUGGGAGCGAAUGCCCAGACUCUGACAAUCCUGGCCACAGUCUGCCUGGAGGAUCCUGUGACGCAGGAGAAGGCCAAAACCCUGCUGGACAAGGCGCUAGCCCAGAGGCCUGACUACACCAAGGCUGUGGUCAAGAAGGCAGAGCUGCUAAGUCGGGAACAGAAAUAUGAGGAAGGGAUUGCUCUUCUCCGGAAUGCCUUAGCCAAUCAGAGUGACUGUGUGCUGCACAGAAUGCUGGGGGAUUUCCUUGUGGCGGUCAAUGAUUAUCAAGAGGCAAUGGAUCAAUACAGCAUAGCACUUAGCCUGGACCCAAAUGACCAGAAGUCUCUGGAAGGAAUGCAGAAGAUGGAGAAGGAGGAGAGCCCUGCUGAUGCCACUGUGGAGCUGGAUGGGGAUGACAUGGAGGGCAGCGGGGAGGAUGGAGACCUGGAAGGCAGUGACAGUGAGGCAGCCCAGUGGGCAGACCAGGAGCAGUGGUUUGGCAUGCAGUGACUCGGGCCCACUGCAGCGAUCCCAGGGAGGCAGGGGGAAUAAACCACACAUUUUUACAUUUUAGUAAUUUAGCAGACGCUCUUAUCCAGAGCGAAUUACAGUUAGUGAGUGCAUACAUUAU